AUGAUUGAAUUUCGUGUAUCAGCACCAGGAAAAAUAAUUUUAUAUGGUGAACAUGCAGUUGUUUAUGGUAAAACAGCAGUUGCUGCAUCACUCGACUUACGAACAAUACUUGAUUACAAAGAUUUACCUGACAACUCAGAGCUAAUUGUUUUGUCAAUGCCAAAAAUUCGUUUACUCGUAAAUAUAUCAUUACCUCAAGUUUAUCAAUAUUUUUACAAUGAUAAAUGUCCAUCAUAUGAUGAUCAUGAAAAUUAUCAUCGUUAUAUAGAAACAUUUGUUGCUAAAAUUGAACAUAAUAAUUUACAACAAAAAUUAGCACUUGAAGCAUUUUUUUAUUUAUACAUUGGAAUAUGUAAAACAGAAAAUAUUAUAAUAAAACCAUUUCAAAUUGUUAUUGAAACAGCAUUAGCUGUUAGUUCUGGUCUUGGUAGUUCAGCAUCAUUUGCAGUAUGUAUUGCAACAUGUUUUUUAAAUUUAUCAAAAUUACAAAAACAAGAAAAGUUAAAUUUAAAUAUACAUGAACUUGAUAAAAUAUCAAUGUAUGCAUUAAAUUGUGAAAAAAUAAUGCAUGGUACACCAUCAGGUAUUGAUAAUUCAAUUUGUACAUAUGGAUCAAUUAUUGAAUUUAAAAAAGGCGAGAAAUUAGAGCCAAUAAUUGCUGCAAAAGGUAUGAGAGUAUUACUUGUUGAUACAAGAGUACAAAGAAGUACAAGAGCACUUGUUGAAAAUAUUGCUAGACUUAAAUUAAAAUAUCCUGGUAUUAUAACACCAAUACUUGAAUCAAUUGAUAGUGUUGCUAAAGAGGCACUUGUUGUUAUCAAAGAAAUACGUAAUUUACCAGAUCAGCCAACUGAUUCACUUGAUGAAGCUUAUAAACAAUUAAUGAUUCUUAUGAAUGUUAAUCAAGGUUUACUAGCAACUUGUCAAGUAUCACAUCCAUCAUUGGAUCGUAUUUGUGCUGAAGCAACAAAUUAUGGUCUUGCUGCAAAACUUACUGGUGCUGGUGGUGGUGGCUAUGCUUAUGUAUUACUUCAUCCAAAUACAACGACUGAAACAAUAACAAGUAUCACUAAAAAACUUAUUGCUAAUGGUUAUCUUGUUACUUUAACACGUCUUGGUGGUGCUGGUGUUCAAAUUCAUGAUACUUAAUUAUUUUUUAUUAUUAAUAAAUUGGUUCUCUCUU